AUGCGUACAUCUUUCGUGUCAAUGCUGGCCCUCGGCGCCGCCGUUGUGUCCGCUGCCCCAGCUCCUUCUCGUGUUUCCGAGCUCGUUGAGCGGUCAUCCGCGACCUGUACCUUUACCUCGGCCGCCAGCGCCAGCGCUAGCAAGAAGUCCUGUUCCACCAUCGUCUUGGACAACAUUGAGGUUCCUGCUGGUGAGACUCUCGACCUUUCCAGCCUGAAGGAUGGUACAAAGGUCAUCUUCAAGGGUGCAACUACCUUCGGAUAUGAAGAGUGGAAGGGUCCCCUCAUCCGCUUCUCCGGCUCAAACAUUGAAAUCACUGGUGAAGAAGGCCAUGUUAUCAACGCCGAUGGAGCCAGAUGGUGGGAUACCAAGGGAACAAACGGUGGAAAGACCAAGCCCAAGUUCUUCUAUGCCCACUCCAUGGAAGACUCCUCCAUCACCGGCCUGAACGUCAAGAAUACCCCCGUCCAGGCUUUCAGUGUCCAGGCCGACAACCUGGUCCUCGACAGCAUCACUAUCGAUAACUCAGACGGUGAUGCCAACGGCGGCCACAACACCGAUGCAUUCGACGUUGGCGAGAGUACCUACAUCACCAUCAGCAACGCCAACAUCAAGAACCAGGACGACUGCCUAGCUGUCAACUCUGGCGAGAACAUCGUGUUCACCGGCGGAUAUUGCUCUGGCGGCCACGGUAUCUCCAUCGGUUCCGUUGGCGGACGUGACGACAACGACGUGAAGAAUGUGACCAUCUCCGACUCGACCGUAACCAACUCCGCCAACGGCGUGCGCAUCAAGACCGUCUCUGGGGCUACCGGUUCAGUCGCCGAUGUGACCUUCUCCAACAUCGAGUUGUCCAAGAUCACUUCCUACGGUAUCGUUAUCGAGCAGGAUUACGAGAACGGCAGCCCUACCGGUGAACCCACUACUGGUGUCCCCAUCACCGGCCUAACUGUUAAGAAGGUUACCGGCACUGUUGAGAGCAGUGCUACUAAUAUCCUCAUUCUUUGCGGCGAGGGUAGCUGCUCUGACUGGACCUGGUCUGGAAACUCUGUCAGUGGUGGUAAGACUAGCAGUAAAUGCGAGAAUGUGCCUACUGGUGCUUCUUGCUAG